AUGCUCUUCAUUGGUUUGACAGGUUCGAUUGCUACUGGCAAAUCAACCGUGUCUUCCAUCCUUUCCUCGCCGCCUCACUCACUACCAAUCAUCGAUGCAGAUAUACUAGCGCGCAAAGUUGUAGAGCCUGGAACCAGCGGCUAUAAAGCCAUCGUGAAGCACUUCGGCCCUACAACCCCGGACUUGCUGGUUCCCGUCUCCGAAUCUAUGCCUGUCGACGGUCUAGAUGGCAAAGGCAGACCACUGAACAGGCCGGCGUUAGGUAGACGUGUCUUCGGCAACAGCGAAGAGCGCAAGAAAGAUCGAGAUGUUCUAAAUCACAUUGUGCACCCAGCUGUGAGAAAGGAGGUGUACAGAUCCAUCUUUCGAAAUUACGUGAAAGGCCACUGGGCCGUCGUCUUAGACGUUCCGCUGCUUUUCGAAAGCGGCUGGGAUAGGUUAUCCGGCGUGGUGAUGGUAGUAGCUGUCAGAGACCCCGAGGUGCAAAUGAAAAGGCUUAGACAGCGUGACCGUCAUCUAAGCCGAGAAGACGCGCAGAAUCGCGUUCUAAGUCAGACAGACGUGAGGUUGAAAGCGAAGAGAUGUGAGGCAAGAGGGAAGGGAAAGGGAAUAGUUAUAUGGAACGACGGUUCGAAGGAAGAGCUAAAGACAAAUAUAGAUGCCGCUCUCGCAGAAAUCAGAAAGAGUAGCCCUCCAUGGUGGAAUUGGAUAUGUCUCCUUAUUCCUCCGGUAGGCGUUGCUGCAGGCACGUGGGUAUACUGGCAAAAUAUUCGCGCCAACAAAAAGUGGAAAGAGAUGGAGUUGGAUGAGAAGUCAAAGUUAUAA